AUGGAGCUAGAACUUUUAAGCAAAGAAGUAAUCAAACCCGCUUCACCUAAUCAUCUCCAAACCCUUUCUCUUUCUCUCUUCGAUCAGUUUCUUCCUUCAACUUACGUUUCCGCCAUUUUCUUCUACGAUGAUCAUGCAAACCAAGAAGAACCUAUUGUCCAGAGGCUCAAGAUCUCACUCUCUCAAACUCUGUCUCUUUUUUAUCCACUCGCUGGAAAAAUCAAAGAUGGCGUCACUGUCCAUUGUAAUGACGAGGGAGCUUUGUUUACAGAGGCACGGGUUGAUAUAUUUCUCUCUGAUUUUUUGAGAAACCCAUCAAAUGCUGACUUGGUUCAGAAGUUCAUUGUCUCUCCGGACAAUGCAGAUCCAGAAACAUGGCCGCUGUUGCAUGUCAAGGUCAUUUUCUUCAGAGACCGAGGAUUCGCAGUUGCAGUUAGCGUCUCUCACAAGGUAUGCGAUGCAGCCUCGUUGUCAACGUUUGUUUCCAGCUGGACAAAAGCUGCGAAAGGGUAUGCUGACACAGUGAAUCCUGAAUUUAUGGCGUCUGAUUUCUACCCUCCUGCUGAUAUUACUAUCGAGUUUCCUCCGUUACUCGUACAAAAAACAAAAUCCAAGACAAAGAGGUUUGUUUUUGCUGCUUUGAUGAUUGAAAAGCUCAAAAACAGAGCUUCUUGUGGCAAGCGUGUGUCACAAGCUACCCGUGUUGAGUCUAUCACGGCGCUGCUGUUAAGAUGCAUGACAAAGGUGCGACAGUCAAAGGUGGGUGAGGUAACAGAAUUUGCUAUAACACAAACCAUGGACCUGCGACCUAGAGUUUCUACUUCUCUCUUGCCACGCAAGGCAUUUGGAAAUUUUUUCUUUUUACCAUUACUUAAGGAGAGCUCAGAGAGUAAGAUGGAAAUCCAAGAAACUGUGUAUAAGCUGCAGAAAACUAAAGAGGAGCUCAAUGACCUUAUCCGAAACGAUCUCAAUGACGCAAGAAGUAUAACUGAAGCCAAAGAGAGAGUGGCAAGCGCAAUGCUGAGUUCGUUGUGUGAGGUAAGUCCUGAGACGGAGACAUAUGCUGUGUCUAGCUGGUGCAGGAUGUCGUUUUACGAGGCGGAUUUUGGAUGGGGAAACCCGGUUUGGGUUGCCCCGGAUUCGGUUGAUAAGACGCAGGUCGUGUUAAUGGACACAAAGGACAUUGAAGGGGUUGAGGCAUGAGUUACACUACCUGAAGCUCACAUGGCUGUGUUUGAGAAUGAUGAUGAGCUGCUAGUCUUCGCUACUCCAAGUCCUAGUGUCCUCAUCUAGUAA